AAACAUGCCGUGUUUUCGAUAUUUCCAACAUUGUUGAGUAAAUUAAGGACGCCUUUGUCAAUAACAAUCGAUAACCAAAGAACAAUAAUUGGAAAUGCAAACCAACUAACAAAUUAAUUGCGGAUUGUACGAGUUUCAGAUCUUUCUCUUCCUUCCCCCUUUGAGUUCCAAAAGCUGCAAACCCUAGUUGGCUCUUCUAUUUUUGUACCGGAUUCUGCAGAUCUGCACCCACAACUCAACGAUUGCUACGUAAAUCCUUGACACUCCCACAAAAAGAAACUUGGCGAUUGGCUUCUUGAGAGAGGACAAACUGAGGACAGGGAUAAGCAUAGAGUGAAGUGUUCAGUUAUUGAUUUUCUAUUAAUGAGACGAGGUUUGGAAGAUUUCCGGACAAAGAGGUUCUAUAAGCUGAUGCAUAUAUUUCUGAAUUUAAAAAAGGGAUGAAAGUAUUUGGGAUUUUGAGCUACAUAUGUUCCGUUCUCUUGGAUGGUUCAUUGGCCUGAACUCUAAAAGUGGGACACCAAAGAGAUUGUGUGAUGAAAAGCUGGGCCCUGCUAGGGUCAAGCCAAUGGCCAUGUUGGACACCGUGCGGGAGAUUGCCAUUUACAUCCAUAGGUUUCACAACCUCGACCUUUUUCAACAAGGAUGGUACCAACUUAAGAUUACUGUGAGAUGGGAGGACAGUGAGUAUGCUUCUUUGGGGACACCAGCAAGAGUUGUUCAAUAUGAAGCGCCCGAUUUGGGUUCUGAUGACAUACAUGGAGUGUGGAAGAUUGAUGAUACUGAAAAUAGUUUUUCAACACAACCUUUUCGGAUAAAAUAUGCGAGGCAGGAUAUCCGUUUAUCUAUGAUGAUCUCAUUCAAUUUGUCUCUUGUACAUGAGGGUCCAUCCGCAUCUGCAGUUAUUUUGAAGUUUGAGCUAAUGUAUGCUCCUUUAAUGGAAAAUAGGUCUGACUUGCAGGCUUCUCUGGAUGCUUGCUCUGCUGCAAUCCAUGAAUUUCGAAUUCCUCCCAAAGCUCUACUGGGAUUGCAUUCGUAUUGCCCUGUAUAUUUUGAUGCUUUCCACUCUGUGCUUGUUGAUGCAAGUGUGCAUGUCAGUCAAUUGAAAGCUGGUCCCCACACCCCUUCACUGAAGGUAUCCAGUGAUUCUCGUGGUGCUAAUGAUGUUUCUGGCGGAAGGAUUGAUGGUUUGCGUCAGACUACGAGUCAAGUGGCUGCUGUGGAUAUGAAACAUGUCGUACUUGUGAAGUCGUUUUUAGUUGCCCGUGACACAUUGCUUGAAGAGCUACAGAAACUGAGCAAAGCGGUUGACCAAACUAUUGAUUUGACUGAUUUUACAUCCAAAAUGGAUGAUGUAAAGUUGUUUAGUUCUAUCUUGCAAGUGGAUCCGGGUAUUGCAGAUGGUGGAGUUUCAGGACAAGGCAAGCCACAAAAUGGUCUUGAGAAGGCAAAGGGUGUUCUAGAUUUUCGAAGUGAUAAAUUGCUCCGGACCUUAUUACUGGAUGACCUAUUAAACAUUUUUAACACCUUGGGAGAUCAAGUGUCAUAUUUAUGGAGCAUUUUUCUGCAGUUCCACAGGGCAAACAAAACUAAGAUACUACAGUUUUUGCGUGAUACUUGGGUUGAGGACCGAAGAGCUGAAUGGUCGAUAUGGAUGGUCUACUCUAAGGUUGAGAUGCCUCAUCAUUAUAUAAGUAGUGGAGCAGAAGAGUCUUUGCACCAUGGUGUUAAAAAAGUUUCUACUUUGUGGAAGUUACCUGAUAACCCUGCACAAGCUGCCGCUACUCGUGCUGAGCUUCAUCGAAGCAGUAUUGCACAAAUGAGGAUGAACAAUCGGUCAAUUCAGGACUUGCAGAUAUUUGGAUAUCCUCUGAGAAUACCAAUUGUAAUUGUGGAGCGUGUCAUGAAUGCACCACGUCGUACUUUUAGUGAAAAUUCAUACUUGAGAAAUUUGGACCUCAUAGAUUCACCUCUCUUAUAUUCUGGACCUAGCUCUGACACUGGAAACAUACCAUCCAGCUCUAGCCCACAACCAAAAGGCCGUGAGUUAAAGAUUGUCAUCUUUGUGCAUGGGUUCCAGGGACAUCAUUUGGAUUUACGGCUAGUUCGCAAUCAGUGGCUUUUGAUAGAUUCCAAGAUAGAUUUUCUAAUGUCUGAGGCAAAUGAAGAUAAAACAUCUGGAGACUUGCGAGAAAUGGGACUGAGACUAGCUGAGGAAGUUGUUGCUUUCAUUAGAAAGAAACUGGAUAAAGUUGCAAGAUCUGGUGUUGUAAGAGAUAUCAAGCUUAGCUUUGUUGGGCAUUCUAUUGGAAACAUUAUCAUAAGAACAGCAUUAGCAGAGAGCACUAUGAAACCAUAUCUAAGAUAUUUGUAUACAUAUAUAUCUAUAUCUGGUCCACAUUUGGGUUAUCUUUUCAGCAAAAACUCUUUAUUUAAUUCUGGGUUGUGGCUUUUGAAGAAGCUUAAGAAUACUCAGUGCAUUCACCAACUGACCUUCACAGAUGAUCCAGAUCUCUAUAAUACUUUCUUCUACAAACUAUGCAAGCAAAAAACACUGGAGAACUUCAAGAAUAUUAUCCUCCUAUCUUCACCCCAGGAUGGCUAUGUUCCAUACCAUUCUGCCAGAAUAGAACUAUGCCCAGCUGCUUCUGUGGACUUCUCUAAAAAGGGUAGAGUAUUUUUGGAGAUGUUGAACGAUUGCUUGGAUCAGAUACGUGCUCCUUCCUCUGAUCGUCGAGUGUUCAUGCGUUGUGAUGUCAACUUUGAUACUUCCUCCUAUGGCAAGAACUUGAACACAUUUAUAGGAAGGGCUGCUCAUAUUGAGUUUUUGGAGUCUGAUAUUUUUGCAAAGUUCAUAAUGUGGUCUUUCCCAGAUCUGUUUCGAUGAUAAUAGUGGGAUAUGCAAUCUUGCAUUCCAGAUUCUCUAGCCUGCCUCUAGAGGGCAUUCUCACCCCGUUUUCUGCAAAGCAUGCUGGACUAAGAAUGGUGUGCUUUUUUGGGGAUGGAUUCCGCUUCCAUCAGGACCAGUUGCAGCCAUGUCUAUAUAUUUUUGACUGGCGGAAUCAUUGAGUCGGCCAUUGUAAAUUACAGGGGUGAAGCUGAUCGCGCAACAAGAAGAUUUUCCCACCCAGACGAUUUGGACCGUUUGGUGACCAGAUGGUUGAUAUGAGUUUUAGUUCAAGCCAACAAAACUUGAAGGUAGAUAGGCCUUAGACUUGCACUUUUAGUCCUUGUGAAAAUACAGGUGUAAUUACUUCUCUACAUUACUUAUCUAAACCUCAAUUUUGGAUAGACAGAUCAUGUAAGCAUGCCUAAGAAUUGGGUCUAUGUACCUUUCACCGUCCAGUUUGUGCAGUAAAUAAAUUCUAGGUGCAAUCUUCAUUC